CCUCGACUCUUCACGUCACAACACAUCCCAACCCCUCCACCAAAAUGCCUUCGAAAUACGACCUCAUAAUCCUCGACUUCGACGGCACGAUCUUCGACUCCCACGAAGCCAUCUACACCUCCAUGCAGCGCACCUUCCACCACUUCCUCCCGGACCACCCGCUCCCCACCACGCAGCUCACCACCCUGAUCGCGCAAGGCCACAGCCCCGAAAUCACCUUCCGCGCUCUGCUGGACCCAUCCACCACCCUAGAGACCUUCGACGAACCCACCUGGAUCACCACCUACCGCGCCCUCUACAGCCAACACGGCCAACCGCUCACGAAACCCUACCCGGAAGCCUACGCGCUCGUGCGCGCGCUCACGCAGACCCACCGCAUCCCCGUGGCCAUCAUCAGCAACAAAGCCGUGGGCGCCCUCACGACCGCGCUGGACCGCCACGGGUUCCUGGAGUUCAUCCCGGAGGCGCUGGUCCUCGGGGACGGGGUGUUCCCCGGCGGCAAGCGGAAGCCAGAUCCCGCCGGGUUUGUGGAGGGGUUGGUGCCGCGGUUGCGGGAGUAUUUCUCUACUUCUGGCCGAACUGCGGAGUGGUUGGAGAGGGACGGGGGUGUCGAUAUGCGGCGGGUGCUGAUGGUGGGCGAUACGAUUACCGACAUUCGAUUCGCCGAGAAUCUGGGGUGUCCGGUUUGUUGGUGUCGUUUUGGGCAGGGGGAUAAGGCGGAGUGUGAGGCGGCUGGGCCGGAGGUGGUGAUUGAUGGGUUGGGGGAGUUUGUGGGGAAGGUUCUUGGGGGGGAAGGGGAGGGGAGGUGAGUGAUGGGGUUGAGGGGUGGGCAAGGCAGUGGGUAUAUACUUGGAUUUAGAGCUAGAUUUCGAGUAGAGGAGGGGAUGAGUUGAUAUAGGUAUGUAUAGAUAUGGUUGUGUUGAUUGAUGGGAAAUUACAAUCAUAGAGCAGGCUGAAACCAGGAUGACAUCCCCGCCAGCGUGGUGGCCCUGCUUGUUUGCGCUGCUUCUAAAAAAUAUGUCUAUCUCCUGGUGGGAAGUGUUGUCUGAUCCUCUGGUGUGAUCCAUGAUAAUACCAGGAUCCAACGGGAAGCCCACGGAUGGACUCGCACCAUCUCGAACCUUGAAAUGACUCACUUCCAGGCCACAGAAGGAUUUUCCUCUGAGAGAAGAAGGGGGAAAAAGAAAAGGGAAAAAAAAGAGCCAAUACUCAUCUUUUGACAUUGCAGAGAGAAGAGGUCAAAAAGGUCGUGCCCG